AAAUUCUCAGUCCAACUGUGCAUUUAUUUCAGCAAUUACGGUAAAGCGUCAUAUGUGUCAUUAGAACAACCAUAACACAGUCGGAUCAAAGUGACAUUACUAUGCUCUAUUAAUUAGUCAUGAUAUCGUUGCUGAGACGCUGUGCUAUAUAUAUCAAAAGUAAUGGAGGAUUAUUCACAGGCAAAGGUCUAUCAAGGAUACAAGUUAUACAUGAGAAGAUUUCAGGCAAUGUUCAGAAGCUAGAUCUGGAGGGACGUGGACACUCUGGUGUUUUGGGAUGUUGGAGAAGCUUUCAAAGACGUUUUUUUGGAGGAGGCCAUGGUGGUGCAGAACAGAAAAUGACUUUAGAGGAUAUUGCGAAAGGAAUCAAAGAACGAGAGUAUAAACGGAUAGUGGUGAUGGCUGGAGCAGGGAUUAGUACUCCAAGUGGAAUUCCAGAUUUCAGAUCACCCGGUAGUGGCCUUUACGACAACCUCCAAAAGUACAACCUUCCCUAUCCUGAGGCUAUUUUUGAGAUCAACUAUUUCCAUUACAACCCUAGACCUUUCUUUGCCUUGGCAAAAGAGCUGUAUCCUGGUAAUUAUCGCCCCAAUCUGACACACUACUUCAUCCGGCUUCUUCAUGACAAAGGCCAGCUGCUCAGGAUGUACACUCAAAACAUCGACGGGCUGGAGAGAAUGUCAGGAAUCCCAGCUAAGAAGUUAGUGGAGGCACACGGGACGUUUGUGACAGCCACAUGCACAGUUUGCCGUCGAGAAUACCAAGGAGAAGACCUGCGUAGUGAUGUAUUAGAAGGAACAGUGCCUCACUGCUCUCACUGUAAAGGAGUCAUUAAGCCUGAUGUUGUGUUUUUUGGUGAAGAGCUGCCACAGCACUUUUUCCUCUACCUCACCGAUUUCCCCUUGGCGGACUUACUGAUUGUAAUGGGGACGUCAUUAGAGGUGGAGCCAUUUGCCAGCUUAUCUGGAGCUGUGCGAGGUUCUGUGUCUCGCCUCCUGAUAAAUCGUGACCUGGUGGGACCCUUUGUCUCAGGCGUUUCACGUCACACUGACGUGGCCGAGCUGGGUGAUGUAGUGAGCGGCGUGAGGAAACUGGCAGACGCUUUGGAUUGGAUGCCUGAGCUGGAGGCUCUUAUGACAGAAGUAGGUCAAAAGGCUUCAAAGAAGAGCGAAGAAUGACCAUCCAGACGUGAGAGCCCAGCUUCAUUUCUCGCGUCUCCUCAGUCAUUUUGUGGGACUUUACCAACCGUGACAAAAUUGAACUGAAUUGAACGCAGCACUUGGAGGCUCGGCUCACUGCAUUAGUCUCCCUUUGUAGCUUUACUGGUUGUUUUACAGCCAAGUUAAUGAGAAAUUGUUAAUGGGAUGAAAGAUGAGCUGUUUAAAUGUGACAUUCUUUUCAGGUGAUUUAAAAUUUUUAUUUAAUGUAUUAAAUAUAAAGAUUGUAGGUCAC